CAUACAGAAAAAAUUGACGUACAUAGUCCCUAUGUUGAUGUAUUUUCAUCUGACUCUGCACCUGGAAGUAAUCCAGAAAAUGGGUUGCUCGGAUCAGGAUUAUCCUGGAUACCUAAUUCUCCAGAUAGUACCAUUUCAUUCAGCAUCAAGAGUGUCAAUGAUACAGCUGAAUUCCAUAAUUUGGUUUUCAAAGUGAAGAAUGCUGAGAAGGUGCUUGUUAGUUUAUUCGAUGCUGAUGGUUUAAAUAUCACGUCCGAAAUGGUCAACGUAACAAGUGAAGAUGUUGGUACAGAAAUAAGUCAGGACUUCGAUGGGAUGCCUGGAGAUACAAUUGUCUUGAGAAUAUAUCAAAAACCAAAUACAACCAGUGAUGUAGAAUUGUAUGAUCUAUCUGUGGAAACCUGUUUAAAACCAGCGUUCCUAUUAUCAACAAUAUCACCUGUGACAAGUGUUACUGGUACCUCAAUAUCAACUGAAAUUGGUGCUGCUCCUCCGAUAUUUACACUGCCCUUUAUUACCACACAACCUGCUUCAACAGUAACUACACCAUCGUCAAUAACAGUUCCAGCUCCAUUAUGUGUAUUCAGUCAGCAGGCAUUUAUUGACAACUUUGGAUAUGCACAAAUCAGUUUGAUCGGUUAUGUGGAGAAAGAUGGUCAGCCUGGACUUACCAGUGAUAAUGAAAAGAUUUAUGUAAAUGAUACAAUAGAAGCAGGAGUCACUGUCUUUGUUGGUUGUAGUAACUGCACUUGUGAAAGCAAUGGUAACAUCCUUUGUCAGAUUGGAACUUGUGAAAAUUGUUCCUAUGCUGAUUGGAGUGCAUGGACUGAUUGUACUAAACCAUGUGAUAAUGGACAACAAACCAGGGAAAGGUUACUUCUCACUGUUACCAAUCCAAACAUAUGUACAGCUCCUGUCAAGGACACACAGGAUUGUAAUACCUUACCAUGCCCAACAACAGUAACAACACCAGUUUGUAGUGCAUGGGGAGAAUGGUCUACCUGUUUGGCUCCAACAAACUGUACUGAAGGUACAAGAACUCGUGUGAAGACUUGUUCAAGUGGACCAGAGUUUGAAUCAGAACCUUGCAUUUCAGACUGUACAUCUACACCAGCUUGUGUUGCACCGUAUGUUUUACUGAACUGUUCACACUGUCCAUCAACCUGUCGUGACUACAGACUACCUGAAACAUGUACAGAGCCGGACUACUGUGAACCAGGAUGUGGUUGCCCAGAGGGAUUUGUGCAGUACAAUGAUAACUGUAUUCCUGCCAUAGAUUGUCCCUGUUAUAAUGAUGCUGGUGAUGUUGUGGCAGAAGGAUUCACUUACCUUAAAGCUAAAUGUGAACAGUGCCAAUGUACCAGUAAUGGAACUUUCCACUGCUACAAAAUAGCUGACUGUUGUGAUUGGUCCGACUGGGGUCCAUGGGGAGAAUGUAGUGAUACAUGUGAAACAGGAAUACAUAGUAGAUACAGGCAGUUGAAUGAUGGAAACCCUGAUUCAUGUGGAAGUUAUUCACAAACAGAAUCCUGUACUCCAAUAGUGGUACCUGGAACAUGUGUAGACUGUAUACAUGACAAUAAGUUCUACUCUGUGGGUGAAAUAAUAAGAAGGCAGGCUGAUGGCUGUGUUUUGUGUUACUGUGAUUCUACCCACAAGGUGUUCUGUACGAAAGAUGAAGUAGCAGUUGUUGAUGGUAACUGGUCAGGAUGGUCAGAGUGGUCUUCAUGCAGUAGUUCAUGUGAUGGAGGUAACAGACAAAGAACCAGACUUUGUAAUGACCCACUUCCACUUUGUGAUGGUCUCUCUUGUAAUGGAACAAAUGUAGAAAUGGAGGACUGCAAUGCAGAUAUAUCAUGUUGUACCACAUCAGACUGGAGUGACUGGUCAGAUUGCUCGUCUACUUGUGGCCCAGGUGAACAAGCUAAGAUACGUACCUUUGUCAACCUAGAUGAUCAAAAUGCCUGUCCAAGCAUCAACACAACUGAGAUAAGGUCAUGUCAAAUACAAGAUUGUGGUUGUUCUUAUGGUGAAUGGACACCUUGGUCAGAAUGUACAGUCAGUUGUGGUAUUGGUAUCAAGAGGAGAACACAGGAUCUAGCAGUAAUAAGUGUUAACUGUCCUCUAGUUAAUACAGAGAAUGAACAAUGCUCUCUUGCUGAUUGUAUAUGUGAUAAAAAUCACACUGAGUGGAGUAACCAUACAAUGUGUGAGAAGACAUGUGCCAAUAGAUUUAACCCAAUCCCCGUAGUAGAGUGCCUAGAAAUAGCUGAGGGAUGUAUAUGUGAGGAUGAUUACUAUCUGAACCAGCUAGGGGAUUGUGUCAAGGAGGAAAACUGCUCUAUUUGCUAUACACCAGAACCCAAACAGGCAGGAGAAAUAUGGACCAAUCCUAAUAAUACGUGUGAGAAGUGUGAAUGUGUUGAUGGCGAGGUGAAGUGUAGCAGGACAUGUCAGAUACCAGUCUGUAGUAAUGAUGAAGAACUUGAAUAUGAUCCAAAUGAUCCAUGCUGUCCUGUCUGCAAACCUGUAAAAACUACCUGUACAUUACGUACUGAUUUCAAAGUUCUACAAAGUGGAGACUGCAUUACUACGGAACCAAUCUUUAUUAAAUACUGUUCAGGAGGUUGUGGAAACAGUACUAGUACUCCCAUGCUUGUUUUGACUGGACAAGUUUCCGUGAACCAGGGUAUUCUCCAGGAUUGUAAAUGUUGUACUGGGACUGUAUUGAAAACAGAAACUGUAGAUGUUGUGUGUGGACCACUAAAGACUUCUGCUAAAGCACAAAUAGCCAUGAUGGAUUCAUGUUCAUGCAAUUCAUGCAUUUAGUUUGAGACAGCAAGACAAAGAUAUCCAACAGAUAAUAUAAACAUUAAUAACAUUGAUAACAUUGUACAUAAU